CAGUAGGCUUUCCCCAUACAAAAGCCCACAAUUGAGCCCAAUUUUAUAUCAAAACCAUCAGAUGGUGAGGUGGCCGAGCGGUCUAAGGCGCCAGGUUCAGGUUCACCUGAAUUCCGCUUGAACCCUUUCGAGGGUCCAGAUCUCCUGGUCUCGCAAGAGGCGUGGGUUCGAAUCCCACCCUCAUCAAUCUAUUUUGCUUUUUCCUUUUCCUUCCAGGGAAUCAUUCAUUUUUGCACUCUGUUUUGCAUAAGGCCUGUGACGGUAAUAAUUUCGACUUCCAAACCGUCCGUCAAAGAGUUCUCCCUUUGCAGACUCUACCACACAAUGUCUCCAUCGACUCUGUGCUACAUUUUUUAAGGUAGAGUAGGAGGAGAACCCCUAAGCUGGACACAAGCUCGAGCUUUACGAUUGUAACCAGGCAAAGCGAGGUAGUGGUUGAAGAACCUGGAGACGGAUAUUACCAUCUAUACAGUUCGAUUACUAUCACUCGACAAGUGAACUUUCAGAAGCCCUCACCUGGUGUCAGUCAAUUCGAAGAUUAGCAUUCUCUGCGAUGUGAUUGGUCAAUUGUUGCUAUCACCCUGGCGUGGAGCCAUGAUGUAGGUCUCCGAUACGGACUAGGGUUGAUUUGGGCACCUUUAAAGAUGAAGUGCGAUGCCUCUCUAGACAAGAGAUUGUAUAACAACAGACAUCGUUCAGAAACGCCGUCAUAUCUUGCGUAUAUAGGAACAGCGUUACAGGAGAAUACCCAUCAGGCAGAGUCGAAUUCCAGGGCAACAGUUGCAAAUCAAGCCUGUAAACUACCCCGGAUUUUAGCACGGUUCCGCUAUCGGAAGACCCCUGAAACGGGCCACCAAGAGACUGCCGUGGCGGAUGGCGCAACCGGCAAAGAUUUGGACAGUCAUAAAUAUUUUUCUUCCCUCCUCGACACACCCCGCCGAGCUGGACGAACUUGGCGAACCAGACUAUAAAUCAUGAGGCCAAUCGACCUUGCCAGCCGCUCGGGCGUUGCCCUGAGAAGGGCCUUCCAAACCCAGCAGCUUCGCCAAGCAGCGGGCUCGAGACAAUACUCCAAUAUCACCUCCCUCCCACCAACAUACGAGAAGCUGCACAGCAAGUACACGGAGGUCCGCAGAGUGCUGGGCGCCCAGCGGCUGACGCUGGCCGAGAAGAUCCUCUACAGCCAUCUCGACAAUGUCGAGGAGUCCCUGCUCAACAACACCAACAAUGGCCGCGAUAUCAGAGGCAAGGCGAACCUCAAGCUCAAGCCCGACAGAGUCAACAUGCAGGACGCCUCGGCUCAGAUGGCUCUCUUGCAGUUCAUGUCGUGCAACCUCCCCCAGACCGCCAUUCCCGCGAGUAUUCACUGCGACCACCUGAUCGUGGGUAGCAAAGGUGCCGAUGACGAUUUGCAAGCUGGUAUUCAGACCAACCACGAGGUCUUUGACUUCCUUGAGUCGGCUGCCAAGAAGUACGGGUUGGAUUUCUGGGCUCCGGGUGCUGGUAUCAUUCACCAGACUGUCUUGGAGAACUACGCCAUCCCCGGUUUGAUGAUGCUCGGUACCGAUUCGCAUAGCCCCAACGCCGGUGGCUUGUCUACUAUCACCAUUGGUGUUGGUGGUGCCGAUGCCGUCGAGGCUCUUGUCGGUGCUCCAUGGGAACUCAAGGCUCCCAAGGUCCUUGGUGUCAGACUCACCGGUAAGCUUAGCAACUGGGCUUCUCCCAAGGAUCUGAUCCUGCACCUGGCUGGCCUCUUGACAGUCCGUGGCGGUACUGGUUACAUUGUCGAGUACUCGGGUCCUGGUGUUGAGACACUGAGCUGCACUGGUAUGGCUACCAUUUGCAACAUGGGCGCUGAGAUUGGUGCCACCACCUCCAUCUUCCCCUACACCGAGGCCUCGGCCAGAUACCUCGAGGCUACUCGCAGAGAGCAGGCUGUCAAGAAUGCUGCCGCUUUCCAGAACUUCCCUGGCGCGGGCGCCUCUGAGGAUGCGUACUUCAGGUUCAAGGCCGACGAGGGUGCGCAAUACGACGAACUCAUCGAAAUCGACCUGUCCAAGCUCGAGCCCCAUAUUAACGGUCCCCAUACUCCUGAUCUUUCCACUCCCCUGUCCCAAUUCAAGAGCACAGUUCAGGAGCAGAAGUGGCCCGAGAAGCUUUCGGCCGGUCUCAUUGGUAGCUGCACCAACAGCUCGUAUGAGGACAUGACCCGUGUCGAAAGCAUUGUGAGGGCUGCUGAGGAGGCUGGACUGAAGCCCAAGGCUGAUUUCUACGUCACUCCUGGCAGUGAGCAGAUUCGUGCCACCCUCGAGAGAGACGGCACCCUUCAGACCUUCGAAAAGGCCGGCGGCAUUGUGCUGUCCAACGCCUGCGGUCCCUGCAUUGGUCAGUGGAAGCGCCAGGAUGGUGUCGAGAAGGGCACAGUCAACGCCAUUCUCACCUCUUACAACCGCAACUUCCGCGGCCGUAACGACGGUAACCUAGACACCAUGAACUUCCUCGCCUCGCCCGAGAUCGUUACCGCCAUGGCCUACGCCGGUUCCACCACCUUCAACCCCGUAACCGACUCCCUUACCACCCCCGAUGGCAAGGAGUUCAAGUUCCCUGCUCCCCACGGUCUCGAGGGACCCAAGACUCCCUUCGACAUUGGCAAGGACGUCUUUAAGGUCGCCUCCCAGCCCCCCAACCCCAACGAAAAGGUCGCCAUCUCUCCCACCUCGGAGCGUCUUGCCCUUCUCGAGCCCUUUGAGCCCUUCCCCAACUCUGACCUUUCCGGCCUCAAGGUCUUGGUCAAGGUAUCGGGCAAGUGCACAACCGACACCAUCUCCGCCGCCGGCCCCUGGCUCAAGUACAAAGGCCACCUCCCCAACAUCUCGGCCAACACCCUCAACACGGCCGUCAACGCUGAGACGGGCGAGGUCAACGUCGCCUACGAUCUCGACGGAUCCAAGCACACCAUUCCCGAGCUGGCCAAGCUCUGGAAGGAGCGCAACCAGCCCUGGCUCGUGGUCGCCGAGCACAACUACGGCGAGGGUUCCGCCCGCGAGCACGCCGCUCUGCAGCCCCGCUACCUCGGCGCCAGGAUCAUCGUGUGCAAGUCAUUCGCCCGCAUUCACGAAACCAACCUCAAGAAGCAGGGUGUUGUCCCCCUGACGCUAGCCAACGAGCAGGAUUAUGAUAAGAUUGCUGCCGGUGACGAGGUUGCUACUGUGGGCUUGUAUGACAUGCUCCAGAAUGGUGGACAAGGCGAGGUCCAGCUCAAGGUUACCAAGAAGGGUACCGGUGAGGAGUUUUGGGUCCCUGUCAAGCACCAGGUUAGCAAGGACCAGGCUGGGUUUAUUUUGGCGGGGAGCGCGUUGAAUCUGUUGAGUAAGAGUGCUUCUGUUUAG